AAGUUAAUUCUUCAUCCUUUAGCGACCGCCCUGCGAUCGCCCACCGUCGAAGGCGAUCUUCUGUCGGCAGCGACUCUGGUAAUCGCGUGUCUCCUCUGCGUCUGGGCCACCAGGCCCAGUACUUGCAGCCAACUUUAAGUCCUAUUCCUGGCACUCCCAACAUCCCGAUGUCCUUGAGUAGAAGUCCCUCCCCAGUACCCGGAGGAGGGUGGUCUUCUCCAGGUCUCAACAUUAAUACCAGCGGUCGAUCCAGCCCAGCGAAAUCCUCCUUUUCGGGUCCCAACGGCAGUUCUGUAACCUGGGAAUCCGCAAGAUUAAAAAGCCAGGGUGUCACUGGCUAUCCUUCAUUUUCUACCCAAAAUCAGGGCUUCUUUACGCGACACAUGCGGCGCAUCUCGAGCAGUUUACCAUCCUUUAACGUGGCGACCGAUGAAAGAUAUGCGGAGAAAGAGAAGCUCGGACGAGGCAGGUGGAAGAUUCCGCUACUAGGAAGGGUCAGAGCAAUGAUCGCAAGAAUGGGUAGAAAGGGGAAGAUACGUGCGCUAAUAGCGCUAUUAUUACUCGCGUGUUACAUAUUAUUCUACAUCACACCCUUGUGGUAUCAUUGGAGAAGAACGGGCUGGCUAGGAGGCGGGGAAAAGUUUGUUAUUAUACUUGCCGCAAACGUCGGAGGCGGCGUGAUGGAAUGGAAGGGAGCGCGUGAGUGGGCUAUCGAAAGAGAUAGUGUCAGAAACAAACGAAAGUAUGUCGGAAGAUGGGGUUACGAUCUCGAAGUUGUCGAUAUGAGUACCAAGAAGCGAUAUGCGCACGAAUGGAGAGAAAGCUGGGAGAAGGUGGACAGCAUCAGGAAUAGUUUUCGGAAAUAUCCAAAAGCUGAAUGGAUUUGGUGGCUGGACCUUAAUACGUUUGUCAUGGAACCCUCCUAUUCGCUUCAACGUCAUCUAUUCAACAGUCUAGAGAAGCACGUCUAUCGCGACAUAAACGAAUUCAACCCCCUCAACAUAUCGCACCCCAUCAAAGCCAACUAUCUUGACCCGGUGUCAACGAGUGCAGUGGGCGACGGAAAUAUUGAUUCCGUGAACCUCAUCCUAUCUCAGGACUGUUCGGGGUUCAAUCUCGGCUCAUUCUUCAUCAGACGAAGCGAGUGGACCGACCGCUUACUGGAUAUAUGGUGGGAUCCAGUAGCCUAUGAACAAAAGCACAUGGAGUGGGAACACAAAGAACAAGAUGCGCUCGAACAACUAUACACCACCCAACCGUGGAUUCGAAGUCACACAGCCUUCCUUCCACAGCGACUUAUCAACAGCUUCCCCACCGGAGCGUGUUCGGAUAAUGGAAACGACACCCGCAUCCACUACAACGAGAAAGAUCGAGACUUUGUUGUGAACAUGGCAGGUUGCGAGUGGGGUCGUGAUUGCUGGGGGGAGAUGUACAACUUCCGCGAGCUCAGCUAUUAUCUAAACCGAAACCCUUGGGAACGAUUCAAGGAGGACCUCAUUGCCGUUAUCUGGUUUAAGUUGACUGGCCAGAAAGUUAAGUUAUAGGAUAACUCUCUUUCGGCCCCGUCAAUACCCUGAUCUCGACGAGGUUCCUGGUUUGGAUUGUCGGGUCGCACUUUUAUGUUUUUCUUUGGGAAUGUUAGAUUAUUUGUCCAUGACUACGAAAUCUGAUGUUCUGUCCUUCCUAGUGGUGCGACCAGUAACUUCGCUGU